GGGCGCAUGCGCGUACGCAAUUGCGAGCAGACUUAUUGGGAAGUAAUACUAAGAACAGACUUCCCAUUUUUGUGGCCGCAGUGUGUGAAAAUGUGUCACAAGGAAGAAAUAGGACAGAAGGAGAAACAUGUGAGUCUGUCUGCCGCCAGUAGAAACCUUGUAACUGGUGACGUAUGGUGUCCAUGGUAUUGCGUGCCAACAUGGUGCUGGUGUUGGUGCGCCAUGAAUUUGAGUACCAGACCCGGGACGGUCGGCUCGUGUCCAUUAAGCCCAACGAAACCUACUUCCUGCUGUCCAGGACUAACCCACACUGGUGGCACGUGUGCACCCAGCAGGACCACGCCAGGCCUUUCUACGUCCCCGCUCAGUACGUCAGCGAGCUGCCCUCACCUGCUCGGGGGGCACACCUGGGGGCCGACCGGGCGGAGACCACACCUGCGCCACACACAGGAAGCAGUGGUGAUGGUGCACCUGAUGGGGAAGACGCCGAUGGAAAGGUGGAGUUGAGCGGGGGAGAAGAUGAGAGCCGUCAGACUUGUGACGUCAUGGCGGAGGACAGCAGUCCGCACAGGAAGUUGUGCCAGGUGGAAGAUGAAAGCGUGCGAGCACCAAUCUACGUCAACCUAGCCGAGUUCCGCCACAACCCGAGCGGCUCGCCCCCUGACCACCACGGAUGGGAAGUGCAUGUUGACCCAGAGAGUGGACUGGAGUACUAUUACCACCCGGCCACGGGGCGCACCACCUGGGACAGCCCCCUUGCAGAGUCGCCCCGAGAGCCCGACCAGGAGCCUCCGUCCCCCGCGCCCACUUGGUCCCCCACCCGCAUCCUGUCCACCGCCUCCCGUCCGGCGUCGACCUCGGACUGGGAGCAGCUGAUGGACGAGAGCAGCGGGCUGCCGUACUUCUACAACGCAAUGUCCGGGGAGACGUCCUGGGAGCCUCCGGGCCUGCAGAGUCCGUACCAGCCUCCCAUGGAGCCUAUGAGCGUGCACAGGUUCCCCCAGGACACGCCGCCCCCCCUGCCAGAGGAGGACUACCCAGGCUAUGAUCAGCCACUUCCCCCCCAGGUGUCCCCCCUCCCGCUGCCCCCCAGGGAGUACGACUUGAGCCAGGUGAGCCGCACCCUCAUCCCCAGGGCAGACCUGGACCGCAGCACCCCUGCUGGCUGGAACCUCCACGUGGAACCUGAUGGAACCUGGCUGUUCACCAGCGAGCACUCCUCAGAACAGUGGGUCAAGUCCAUGGACGACGUGGGCCAGACAUACUACUACCUAAGAGAUGGAUCCAAGUCCCAGUGGGACCUGCCUGAGGCGCUGCCGGCCGUCCCGGGUCAGUUCGGGGAGGAGAGCGGUGAGGACGGAGACGGGGCGUUUGUCUUCAAGAACUGGAGACCCAGUCUGGGACCGACCCAGCUCAGUCCAGCCCAGGACGACUUGAGGUUCCUCCCGACUCACCAGAGAACGCCGUCAGACUACAGCAGCGAUGGUUCCAGCACGGGCAACUCUCCCGAGGUCACGCCCAACGUGCAGAACUUGGAGAAAGCUGGAAUCCUGAACAAAACUAAAGUGUCUGAAAACGGCAAAAAAGUCAGGAAAAACUGGACCCAGACUUGGACUGUCCUGCACGGAGGAGUGCUGACCUUCCACAAGGAUCCAAAAUCAGGGGCGCCGGGAGCGCUGAACAAGACCAAUCAGAUCGUCCCCGAGGUCAGGGUGGACCUGCGGGGAGCUGGGAUCGGCUGGGCCUCCAAAGACAAGUCCAGCAAAAAGAAUGUUCUAGAGUUAAAGAGCAAGAACGGUGCCGAGUACCUGAUCCAGUACGACACUGAUUGCAUCAUCAACGACUGGCACAAAGUCCUAAUGGACACCAUACGGCAGCUGGAGUACCAGGACCCCCAUUCGGAGGGGGAGGAGGCGGACCUGUUGGAGAAGGUCGGCACCUUGGAGCGGGACGACAAGUUUGGAGGAGGCUUUGACGUGCGGAGAUCCUCCAGACUGAGUGUCUACAGCAGCAGCGCAGGAGAGACCGACCCCAAGAGGGUUCGCACCAAGCUGAUGAAGUUCCUGUCCAAGCGCCCCUCGCUGCAGGCCGUCAAGGAGAAAGGCUACAUACGAGACAAUGUGUUCGGCUGCCACCUGGACACUCUGUGUGCACUGGAGGGGACCACCGUGCCCCGCUUUGUGGAGACCUGCAUCAAGGCUGUGGAGAGGAGAGGCUUGGACGUGGACGGACUCUACAGGGUCAGCGGGAACCUGGCCGUCAUCCAGAAGCUGCGCAUCAUGGCGGAUCACGACCAACUGGACCUGGAGGACGGACAUUGGCAGGACGCUCACGUCCUGACGGGGGCGCUCAAGCUCUUCCUGCGUGAGCUUCCUGAGCCUCUCUUCCCCUACAGACUCUUCUAUGACUUCAUCACCGCCAUCAAAAUGUCGGAUUACGACAAAAAGGUGGAUCGUAUUUGUAACCUGGUCCAAUCCCUGCCGGCGUCCAACCACGACACCAUGAAGCUUCUCUUCGGACAUUUACGCAGGGUCAUCCAGGCGGGCGAGGAGAACCGCAUGACGGUGCAGAACGUGGCCAUCGUCUUCGGACCCACGCUCCUGCGGCCCGCCGUGGAGACCGGCAACCUGGCCAUGCACACGGUCUUCCAGAACCAGAUCGUGGAGUUGAUCCUCAACGAAUACAAGCGUAUUUUUCACUCCAGCUAGGGGUGCACCGCUCUUAUUUUGAAAGCUCCUUCCUCACACGUCAACCAAGUUCCUUUUUUAGGGUCCUUGGCCUUGGACUCCUGUGGAGUCCUUUGCCAUGGGCCAAGGACCCUAUUGAAACUGCUGUGUUUUAUUAUUAUUCCGCACCUACGCGCUGUAAUUUGACCCCCUUAACAUGCUUCAAAACUCACCAAAUUUGACACACACGUCGGUAUAGCAAACCUUCCCAACAUAUUAAGCAACCAAUCCCCCAACAUGAAAAUUGCGCUCUAGCGCCCCCUAGGAAAAAAAUGACAGACAAAACUGCAUGUAACUUCUGUUAGGAAUGUCAUAGCGACAUGAAACAAAAACUUCUAUGUAGGUCUGACUUAGACCCAAUUUUCAUACACUCACUUCUUUCAGCAAAAAUCUACAGGAAGUUGGCAAAAAACCCCUUCAAAAUAAAAUUUUGGCAAAAAAUGCAAUUUUUGCCUCUUUGCGCUGUAAUUUGACCCCCUUAAAAUGCUUCAAAAGUCACCAAACUUGGCGCACACAUCUGGACUGGCGAAUAUUGCGAUCUAACGAAAAAAACAAACCCCAAAAUCGAAAAAUGCGCUCUAGCGCUAUUUUUGAAUAAAACACAGAAAAAACUGCACCUAGGAAGAAAACACAAACAAAAUUGCUUUUAACUUCCGGUAAGAAUGCCGCAAAGACAUGAAACAAAAACUUCUAUGUAGGUCUCACUUAGACCUACAUUUUAAUAAUUGACAGCCUGCAGAAAAAAUCAACAGGAAGUUGGCAAUUACCCCUUCAAAAUAAAAGUUUUGUGAAAACCUGUCACCUUUUUUCAAACGAAAACUCCUCCGAAUGCGUUUGUCGUUUCGGCUUCAAACUCGCACAGGAGAGAGUUUGGACGCUUCUGAUUAAAAGUAUGGAUCAGAGUUUUGAUUACUGCUCCGGUUUUGAUUUUACGUGCCUUCAAAGAUCACCCGCGCAAAUUUUCCUAAAAAAUUUCAUUUUUGCCUCUUUCAUCUGUAAUUUGACCCCCUUAAAAUGCUUCAAAACUCACCAAACUUGACACACACAUCAGGACUGGCAACAAUUGCGAGUUAAUAAAAAAACCAAACCCCAAAACAAAACAAAGACAAAACUGCUUGUAACUUCCGGUAGGAAUGUCAGAGAGACAUGAAACAAAAACCACUAUGUAGGUCUCACUUAGACCUACAUUUUAAUAAUCAACAUACUUUGGCAAAAAUCAACAGGAAAUCUGAUAUUUUCACUUCAAUACAACAACUGCAUUACUUUCACAAUGCAUUAAAUAGUGGCUCCAAGGCGUCUCGGGGGCAGCAGCCAAAGGCGGACCCGACCAACGCUGCUUGCAGCUUUAAUUUUUUGUUUUGUUUUGUUUCCCAGAACGUUUAAUAAUGAUCUACAGUGUUCUUGAUUGAGAACGAUCAUGGAGUUUGUCAUUUUUCAUCCCAGGAAGCUUCCACUGUUCCACGUAUGGACCCCCCCCCCCCCCCCCCCUCCAUCAGCCUUCUCUUUAAAACCGCCUUUAUUUUACAAGGUUUUAUAUAGCGUUUAUCUUUGUGUCUUUCCAAGGAAUAACAUUUUAAUGUUGACUUCUUUGUAGCUACUGAUCUUAUUGUACUAUAGAACUGUAUAGAGCUAUGAACAGCACCCUGCUGUGAAGUACAGCUAAUAUAGAAUAUUUAAAUAAAGAUUUAUAAGGUGUAUUUAAAUAAAGAAUAAAAGCAAUUAGCCUUACCAACAGAUACUAAUAGAGGAAAAGUCCUGUAAAUAGAAAUAUGUCCAAAAAAAGGUAUUCCAUAAUAAAAAUAACUUUGUAAAAAAGUC